CACUGGCCCUUUAAGAGCAGCCCGCUCCUGGAGCAGCACUAGCGUCGCACCACCGCCGACUGACUCCUCAGCGGCAUUAGUGAACGAGACGCUAUACUGAGUAGAGAGACACACGAACCUGACGACACGCUCACACUCACACUCACCAGCACAGCCCCACACAGGACAACUAGAUGGAAUUAUAACUAUGGAAUACCAGUGGGUACUGCUGUCCUUCUUGUUGCAGUGUAUAUUUCGACCAGGCAGUUCCAGACUCACAAUUUCCCCGGACCAGCCCGCACUCACCGUCCCGUUAAACGACAAACUCGUCCUGCGCUGCCGAAGUGAAGGGCCAGUGCAGUGGCAGCGGGAAGACCGUCCGGGACGCAACGUGAGAGACGAGCAGAGGCGGGACAACGAGUCGGUCAUCACUAUAACCAAGGCAAAACUGCAUCACAUGGGAAGAUAUGUGUGCCUGGAGCAGCACUCAGGAGAGAAGAGCUCCAUCUACGUGUAUGUUAAAGCCUUCCUCUCAGCAGAUCCUGACAACGCCUUCAGGAGGGCCAUCAUAACAGACAUCAUGGCGGGGGCAGGCGAUGUUGCUUCCAUCCCGUGCCUGGCCACAGACCCCAGCAUGACAGACCUGCGACUGGAGACAUGCAACAAUCUCCCCCUGCCUGCAGGGAUGAGAUACACUGCCAGCACGGAGACAGGCGUCUCAGUGAGCAGUACGCAGCCUGCCUACGAGGGAUGCUAUGUCUGCGUAGGAACCCUAAACGGAAAUACAGUCAAAUCUGUGGAAUAUCAACUCAGCGUGCGACUGGUUCCAGACAAGCCCCCACUUAUUGCGCUGCGUGAGCCCAGAAGGGUAAUUCUGACUCAGGGCCAGAAACUCAGCCUUACUUGCAACACCUCCAACGUCAACAGUGACAUCAAAGUUAGCUGGAUUCCACCUGCUGGAGUGGUUGCCUCUGUACAGCAGUCCUCUAAACUUUUGACCGAACCCAUCUCACACAUCCGCACAGCCACCCUUCAAGUUCCGGCCGUGAAGAUGCAGGAUUCUGGAAGUUAUCGCUGUGAAGCUCAGAACUACAGAGGGAUCAGCACGGAGACAGUCUGGGUGGAUGUCUUCAGUGAAGGAUUUAUUAACUUGACACGUGUUGAAAACGGGACAUGGAGGGUGCGAGAAGGAGAGAGUCUGUCUCUGCGUGUGGACAUGGAUGCCUACCCCAAACCUCACACUUUAUCCUGGACCUACAACAGGCGAAAUCUCACCAACACCACUGACCACGUCAUUACCACACAUUCACACAUGUACAGUUAUAGCAGCGAGUUGAAGCUGGUGCGUUUAAAAGUGUCUGAGAGUGGAGUCUACACCUUUCUGGCCACAAACGGUGACGUGUCAGUCCAUCAAAAGUUUGAAGUUCAUGUCAUAAGUAAACCAGCAAUAGUGUAUCAUCAAGGACCAGUUGAUGGACAGGUGCGAUGUGUGGCCGAGGGCUAUCCCACACCUCAGAUCACAUGGUAUUACUGUGACCAGCCCCAUGCUAGGUGUUCUAAUUUGUUGAAUGCUACCCAAGAGGAGGAGGACGUCGUAACGGUAACCAUGACUAACCCGCCCUUUGGGAAGGGAGCGGUAGAGAGCCGUCUGAACAUCACCAAGAGCAAUUACCCCACCCUGGAGUGUGUGGCUUCAGCUGACGGCGAGAUCGUCUAUACAUUGUUCUCCAUCAGUGAGCGACCUGUUCAUCAAGAACUCUUCACUCCACUGCUGAUUGGCUUUGUUGUGGCAGCAGCAAUCCUCUGCCUCAUCCUGUUUGUUCUCACCUACAAGUACUUGCAGAAACCCAAAUACCAGAUUCAGUGGAAAGUCAUUGAGGGAAUCCAUGGAAACAAUUAUGUGUAUAUUGAUCCAACUCAGCUUCCAUAUGACCACCAGUGGGAGUUUCCCCGUGACAAGCUGCGAUUUGGUAAAACUCUGGGGUCGGGAGCAUUCGGAAAGGUGGUGGAGGCUACAGCCUAUGGAAUGUCCAAGGCAGACACGGUGAUGACUGUGGCGGUCAAAAUGCUGAAACCGAGUGCCCAUUCCACUGAGAAAGAGGCUCUGAUGUCAGAACUGAAGGUUCUCAGUUAUCUCGGCAACCACAUAAACAUUGUGAACUUAUUAGGAGCCUGCACUGUCGGAGGUCCAACUCUGGUGAUAACUGAAUACUGCUGCUUCGGGGAUCUGCUGAACUUCCUGCGCAGGAAGCGCGAGUCCUUCUACUGCUCCAGUCUGGGAGAGGACUGUUACUAUAGGAAUGUCAUGCUGCAGCCAGAUGAAGGUAGAAACGGCUAUAUGACAAUGCGGCCUUCGGUUAGGGGAGUUUUGUCCACUGAGAAACAACGUUCACCUCAGAAAGGCUCAUAUAGUGAGUGUGAUGUCAUCAGUGAGGUCCUGCAGGAGGACGGUUUGGCUCUGGACACAGAAGACCUGCUCAGUUUCUCCUAUCAAGUCGCCAAAGGGAUGGACUUCCUGGCUUCCAAAAAUUGCAUUCACAGGGACCUGGCAGCCAGAAACAUUCUGCUCACACAAGGUAGAGUGGCCAAGAUUUGCGAUUUUGGACUUGCCCGCGACAUCACUACUGAUUCCAACUAUGUGGUCAAAGGCAAUGCACGUCUCCCGGUGAAGUGGAUGUCUCCUGAGAGUAUAUUUGAGUGUGUUUACACAUUCGAGAGUGAUGUCUGGUCUUACGGCAUCUUGCUAUGGGAGAUCUUCUCUCUAGGGAGCAGUCCUUAUCCAGGUAUGCCUGUGGACUCCAGAUUUUACAAGAUGAUUAAGGAGGGUUACCGGAUGGAUUCGCCGGAGUUUGCUCCGGGUGAAAUGUAUGAAAUCAUGCACUCAUGUUGGGAUGCAGAACCCUUCAAGAGACCGUCUUUUGAAAAAAUUGUGGAGAAAAUUGAGCAGCAGAUCUCCGACAGCACCAAACAUAUCUAUCUGAACUUCAGCUCCAGGUUGCCUGUGGUAACAGGGUCCCACGAGGAGCCCAGCCCUCAACCCCCGUGCUUCAACCCAGCUGGAAGUAGCCACAACACUCCCACCCAACCCCUGCUGUCCAGUGAUGAUGUCUUCCUAGAAAGUGAAGCUUCCACGCAGUCACGUGUGUGAAGAAGCCCAUGGAAACGAUCUCCCAGUGCAUGCUGAGGUGUCCAGAUCAGUUCUGGACAUGGACUGAGACUUCAAGCCCUUCAGACAGACCCUGGAGUCAGUGUAGCAGCAUGCAAAGAACUCGUGGAACGGCUGAAACCCUGAUCCAUUAAUUAGGGCAGAAAUCAGCCGUAUCAUCUUCUCACUCUCUUCUGUCACCGAUGUAUAUAGUGACCCCUGCCAGAAAUGGGACGGACUGCUUUCAACCUUUUCCCCAUUACUUUGGUGCAGUGGGAUCAUGGGACAUGGAGCUUUACAGAAGGUCUCACAUUUUCCUUCGUUCUUUGAUGUUCUGAUGUGGUUAACCACUGUGGCACCUUCCAUUUGCUCUACAGACUUAACCUGGUUCUUCUACGGUACGCUUCUCCACACACAGAGGUACAGGGAAACAGAGUUUGGUGAAGAAUGAUGAAGUCUCAAUUCUCAAAGUUAUGGAUUGUAUGUAUUCGUUCUUGUUUAUUGAGACACAGAGCGUGGCCAGAGAGUUGCAUUCAGAGAUGAUCAGUGGUUUUACAGGUGUACUUUCGACAAGCACUAUCGAAUUUCCCAGCAAGAUGUGUCCUUUAAGCUUCAAACCUUUCCUUUACCUUUUCCUAAAGACGUUGGCGCUGUGUUUGGUAUGACGGUUUUUGGCAGCUUCAGAACAUUGCCUCAGUAUUAGUCAAUUUCAUGUAUUUGACUGUUGCUCCAGUUACUAUCAGUACAGAUUUGAUAUUGUGAAUGGGUGAUAUUCAAAUAGCAAGGUGACACAGAUGUUAUUUUCCUUUGUUAGGUUUAUCUACUGUCGCUGUAGCUUUAACGAAAGGUUUUAUAAGGAUGUAAAAGCAACAUAAACCAAAUAUUAGAGGCCUGAUUCUUUAAUUUAUCAAAUAGUAGUCUUGUAGUCUGUAGCUUUUUUGGGUAGUUCCUUUACUGUAGUUAUAGUGUAACAGGACUAUUUUCUUUUGUCUGGACUUCUGGCGUCACAUAUUAUUAUUAUUAUUAUUAUUAUUAUUAUUAUUAUUAUUAUUAUUAUUAUUAUUAUUAUUAUUAUUAUUUGUUUUUGAAAAAUUCUUAAUAUAACUUUCAUUCCACCAAUUUAAGUAGCAUCUCAAGAGUGCUGAAAUGCAAAAGGUGAUAGAAACCUUUUGCUCAUUGUUUACUUUUAAGAACUGUCUGUGUUGAGUAACAUUUCAGCUUUAAAUUCAGUAUUAUGCUUGGUUUGUUAUGUGAAGGAUUUUGUCUAGUAUGUUAAAAACCAAAUUUGAAACAGUUUGUUGUUCUGGCCAAAGUGAAGGUAGUAGUUGCAAAACUGGAGGAGUCAACAGACUCAGUUUACACACUGCUUGACACAUCUGGUUCUCAUCUACUUACCUGUACGUAGAGGUGGCUACAUGUUUAACACCCUGCUGUGUUUCACCAGUGGAUCUUACGCUCACACACUAUUUUAGGUAGUUCUGCCUAGAAUUUUAAGGUAGUUGAGGAGCACGGUAGCUUUUUGUAGCAGUAGUCAUUUUGUUAACAGUAGACAUAGGAGAUGGCAACGAUGUAGAGUACUAGGUUUUUGUACAUUUGUACAAAUAUAGUUUUUGCUAAAGCUUUUGCUGUAAGGUAUUGUACUUUAGCGUUUGCUAUCUGUGUAUCUUAUGUACAUAAAGCAGUCUGAACAAGUGUCUUGAGGAUCUUCACUCAAGACAAGUUAUUAAGGUUAGGAUUCGACUCAGAUUUAGAGACAUUUCUGAGUGUUUUCUUGACAAAAGAGAACAGAUGAUUAUUUUUUUUCAUAGUUCUCAGCAGUCAACAUUCUGACCUUUUGAACAUUUUUUCAUACAACACCAACUGUCGUGCCUCAUAAUUACUUGUAGGACUCUCUGCUCUCUUUCUCUCUCUCUCUCUCUUUUGCCAAUGAGAAUCGUGCUGUCGAAGGAGAAGCCAAUAGAAAGCUACUGCUUCUUUAGAAUCGGGUGCCAAUGGGGUGUGUGCUCUCUAUUGGAGCAUCCAAUGAGAAACUUUUCAGUGGAUCUGACAGUGGAGGGAUAGCUGCUGUGAGGGAGAGCCAUUGAGAGGAUUUUUUGGUGAAGGUGUAGCUAAUGGGAUUCUCAUUCCUUGUCAACUUUCCAAUGGAUAAAGAGCAGCCUCGCAUUUGAAGCGGAGAGUUUGGUGGAAUAUUGAAGGAAUACUCGUUACAGCGUUUUUCAGCAGCGUUGAUUGAUUUGGUAAAACAAUAUAACUACGAUUAUACUGAGAUUAAACUGCUGUGUUCUUGUUUUGUUUUAUGUUUCGGACAAUAAGAUUAAAUUAACAAAUUUUACUGGCUUUGGCCUAAAGGCUGAAUGUAUUGUACAAGACCAUGUACACAUCACAUUCUAACACACUUAAAAGAGAAGUCAAUAGAUAGCAUUCUUUUUUUGGGGGUUAAAGGUAUGUUGAAGUAAUGGGAAAUACAUAGAAAUACAUUGUCUGGGGCAAUCAACUGUUAAUCUUUAAUAUGACUUCUAAACUUAAAUAAAGCAACAUCAUUAAAAAUGAUCAGUAUAUAUACAAUAAAUAUCUUUGUCUAAAAAAAAGGAUGUGAACCCUGGCAUUAUACUGCCAUCCCCAUGCUUAACAGUCAGAAUGAGGCUUAUGGUCAAAUGCUCUGUUCAGGAUGGAUUCAGCAACCGUAACAUUUUCCAUUUAAGUCAAAUAGCUUUGAAUUCAUCUGUCCUCAUAAUUCACAUUCCUCCAUUAAGAUUCUGGCUUAUCCAUGCCUUGAAAACUUCAAACAGACUUCAGUGUUCUUUUUGGAGAAUAGUAGCUUUCUUCCUUUUGUCUCGCCAUGCACAUUAUUCCACCUGACUGUUCACCUAAUGGAGGACUCAUUAAUAUUGAAGCCUGUAGGGUCUUGGAUCUUAAAAAAAUGUUAGCCUGAAGUUUUUUGGGGUGUAUUCUCAUGAAAUUCCCCACCAUGACCAUGAUGCGUUUAUUUGGUGGACCUCCACAAUCAUCUGUCUCACAGUGGAUUGAUGGAGGCCAAACACUUUAUAAAUGGUUUUGUAACCUGUUCCAGCCUAAUGAGCUUCGAUUAGUCUUGUUCUGAGACUUCAGGAAUCUCAUUUGUUCAAGGCUUGGGGCUCUUCCAUAAACCCGUGUAAUGAAGACCAGACUAUAAUAGUGAAGAUCCAAGUUUACGUUCUUAAAACAGGGAAACUCCUGACUUUAGGUAACUUGAGUCUUGAGAAAUGUAUACUCUUCGAGGUUCACAUGCUAUUUCCAGCAAAGAUAUUUAGGGUUGGAUCAUUUUGCUAAACAAAUGAAUGUAAAAACUAUAUUUUUAUGUAUUAGAGUCAUUAUUUUACUAGUUUCUCUUGACUAGUUUUGGGGAUAAGAUGAAAUUUGAUCAGAUUUCACAACAAAUUUGAGCGUAAAUAAAAAAAAAUGAAGGGGCUCAGAAAUUCCCAGCAGCAGUGUAUGUUACAGAUGCAGCAAAAUGCUGAAGUGUUCUUUUAAGAUUAUGAGCUGCAGACAGAGUGAUUCAGACUAUGGCAGGUAGCCUCUGCUGUUACAUCAGUAGUCAGGACACCCGGUCAGUAGCUGAUUUCCCAGCUCUCUCUCUCUCUCUCUCUCUCUCUCUCUCUCUCUUUUCUUUGUGUCCAGCUGCUUCCUCCGGCGGAAGUGUCGCUUCCAGGGAGGCCGAGCUGGGGACGUCCCAGCCUCUCUCACUCUCUCUGUCUCCCCCCCCACUCACUUCCCUCUCUCCCUCUUCCCACACUGAAACAUUGUUCCGAGGUGGCAUCUGGCCGAGGCUGCUGUCUGCGCUUGUGUGCAUGUGUGCGAGUGUGUGUGUGUGUGUGUGUGUGUGUGUGUGUGUGUAUGUGUAUGUGUGUGUGCGUGUGGUCAGUGUAGCUUAAAUGCAGGUCAUUUUUGCUGGUAAGAUACCAGAGCACUGAUGGUUCCUCUAAUAGAGUUUCUAUCAUUUUAAUAUUCACUUUAUCAAACACACUGGAUGCCACAAACAGACAUUCAGCUACUGGUUUGUGGUAAUAUUAGCACUCUCAGCUCUCUUCCACUUGCUCUGUUUAAAUAUGACAUAAAAUAUAUAAAUAAUAACUUUUUUUGUUUUGUGUUUAGAGCAGUAUGGUACGUUUUUGCUUAUGCUGUAAACAUUAAGUGCAACUUUUUUUGUUUUCAUUGUGGAAGUUUUCAUACUUUUUUCAUAUUCACUUUAUCCAUUGCAUUGAAGUUGCUCUACCAGUUCUUCAUCCUUGUCAAGUUCCUUACGUAACAGUUUAAUUUGCCUGAAGCAAGUAUACAGCUUCAGUCUCAUCUGGUACAGCUGGCACAUAUUUUACAUUUAAUCUCAUGUACACUGAUGUAACCUCGACAUAUGGUCAUGAAGCUUGGUAAGGAAACCGUACUCUCAUGCAUGGGUUAUCUCCGUAGGUCUGUUUUCGGACUAUUGACAGUAGAGGUAUUUUUGGCCCUUAAAGAGAAGGUCUGUUAUGUGCAUUUCAUUAUUGUGUAUUUAUUUUACAGUUUUUAUUUUUCAAACAUUGGAAAAGUUGUAUUGUGUAAAACCUGUUGUGUGUCUGUUGUCUUGUUAUACACUGUAAAUAAACAAUUUAAAUGUAA